CCUGCUGUCACCAAAGGGGCGGGGCCUGGAGGCUCAGCAGCAGCAUGGCUGAAGGACGAGUCCAGUACUGCAGUGACAGUGAGGACCUGUUUGGGGACUACGACAGCCUCCUGGAGGACAGCUCUCUGCUGGCGAAGCUGGACGAUGCCGAGCAGAACGAAAGGCUCAGAGACGUCCAGCGUUCAGCGGCGGAUCAUCUGGACUUCACCGCCCUGAGACCCAAAGCGUCCGCCGAAGACGUCCUCACAGACUCCCUCAUGGACGUCCUCGGAGACGAACCCUUUGAGGACUUACCGACCAGCCAGCGGCAGUUCCAGGAGCAAGUGGACGGGUCUGCGAAGAGGAGCCGACUGCAGGACGGAGACAAAACCUCGACUCCCUUCAGAGACGUGGAGGAUAGAACCCGGAGCAGAGCGAGGAGGAGCGUGACGGAGGCGAUGAAGAGGACGAUGCUCUGUAACGCGGCGGCGCCCUCCACCGUGUCACGCAGCGUCGUGUUGAAGGAGGCCGUCGUCUCCGAGGAGAUCAGCGUCGCCAUGCAGGCCAUGGAGCGCGUCAGUGCCGACACCACGGACCUCGGGCCGUUCUUUGGACUCCCCUCCAGAGUGAAGGAGCUGAUGUUCAGACUGAGAGGGAUCGAGGAUUUAUACGACUGGCAGAAGACGUGUCUGAACCUGGACUGUGUCCAGCAGAGGAAGAACCUGAUCUACUCUCUUCCCACCAGCGGAGGGAAAACUCUUGUUGCAGAGAUCCUCGUCCUCAGAGAGCUGCUGUGCAGGAGGAAAGACUGUCUGUUCAUCUUACCGUACAUAUCGCUGGUGCAGGAGAAGGUACGUGGGUUAGCGAGCUUGGGCCUGGAGCUGGACUUCAUGGUGGAGGAGUACGCUGGCAGUAAAGGCAGGUUUCCUCCCGUGAAGAGGAGAACCAAUAGAUCAGUGUACGUCGCUACGAUAGAGAAAGCCCACAGCCUCGUCAACUCCCUGAUCGAGAACGGCAGGAUCGACGACCUCGGACUGGUGGUGGUUGAUGAGCUUCACAUGCUGGGCGACGGCAGCAGAGGAGCCAUUAUUGAAAUGACGCUGGCCAAAGUUCUCUACAUGACCAAAAGUACUCAGAUUAUCGGAAUGAGCGCCACUCUGGGAAACAUCAAAGACCUGCAGACGUUCUUAAGGGCGGAAAAUUACACAAACGACUUCAGGCCUGUGCAGCUGAAGGAGUACGUUAAACUGAACGACACCAUAUAUGAAGUCGACCCAAAGGAAGAGGAAUGUUUUAAAUUCUCUCGUCUUCUCAACUUUAAGUACUCCAGCUCCAUGAAGAAGAUGGAUCCAGAUCACAUCAUCGCUCUGGUGACUGAAGUCAUUCCAACACAUUCCUGUCUGAUCUUCUGUCCAACCAAGAAGAACUGUGAGAACGUUGUGGGGAUGAUCUGCAAAUACCUAAAAGAGGAGUUCCUGCAGCUCCGGCGGGAGGAGAAAGCGCUCCUCCUCAGGGAGCUGAGGUCCAGCGGGAACGGCUCGGUGUGUCCGGUGCUCAGGAGGACGGUGCCGUACGGUUUGGCCUAUCACCACAGCGGACUGACCUCCGAGGAGAGGAAGCUGGUGGAGGAGGCCUACUCCAACGGGGUGCUCUGCCUCCUCACCUGCACCUCCACGCUGGCUGCAGGGAUCAACCUACCGGCCCGCAGAGUGAUCCUUCGCUCGCCGUACGUGGCUGCAGACUUCCUGAAGAGGAGUCAGUACAAACAGAUGGUUGGACGAGCCGGUCGGGCCGGGAUCGACUCUGUGGGAGAGAGCGUCCUCAUCCUGCAGGACAAGGACAGGAACACGGCUAAAACCCUGGUUUGUGCUCCGAUGGAGAACUGUUACAGUAACCUGCUGCAUGACGAAGGAAAAGGCCUCCUGAGUCUCAUCCUGUCGCUCAUCGGAUUAAAGGUCACCUCGUCGGUGGAUCAGGUGACGGACUUCCUGUGUGGGACGCUGCUGUCCGUCCAGCAGAAGCAGCUGUGUGUGGAGACGAGUCUGACGGAGGUGGUGCAGCAGUGUGUGGACCUCCUGAAGGACAAAGACCUCAUCACGCUCACGGAACACGGUCUGCAGGUCACCAAGCUGGGAAGAGCGACCUAUAAAGGCUCCGUGGAUCUGACCUACAGUGGCGUUCUGUACAGAGACCUCUCUAAAGGUCUGGAGGGUCUGCUGCUCAACAGCGUCCUCCACCUGGUCUACCUGGUCACACCAUACGACAUGAUCUCACAGUGCAGACCGGACUGGAUGGUGUACUUCAGACAGUUCACUCUGCUGUCGGCUGCAGAGCAGAAGAUGUCUGCGUCCGUCGGAGUGCCGGAGAGUUUCAUCGCUAGAAAAGCUGCAGGACAGACGGUGAGAAAGACUGUGAACAUGGAGGUGGUGGGGCGGAUGUAUCUGGCUCUGGUUCUGCUCUCUCUGCUGAAGGAGACCAGCUUGUGGAGCGUUGCCGACAGGUUCCAGCUGAGCCGAGGCUUCAUCCAGAGUUUGCUGAGCUCCUCCUCGGCCUUCUGCUCCUGUGUGCUGCACUUCACCGAGGAGCUGGAGGAGUUCUGGCCGUUCAGAGCUCUGCUGACGGAGCUGACCCGAAGGCUGAGCUACUGUGUGACGGCUGAACUCAUCCCUCUGAUGGAGGUGGCCGGAGUCAUGGAGUCCCGAGCGAAGCAGCUCUAUAACGCCGGCUACAAAACGCUGACUCACCUGGCCAACGCCGACGCGGCCGUUCUCUCCACCACCAUAGAAAACCUGUUCAGGAAACGGGCCAAUCAGAUCGUGGCCUCGGCCAAAAUGCUGCUGAAGGAGAAAGCUGCAGCUCUCCAGGAGGAGGUGGACGAGCUGCUGAUGAAGCCUUCAGACCUGCCCACGGCUGAAACACAGCCACUCGUCUGAGCUCCUCACAGGAGUUCUAUUCUGUCGGUCUUUACUCAUUCACCUGAUUAAAUAAUGUCAUGUGAAGACCAAGUUUGUCUUUCAAGUUUUAAAGUUUUCUUCUCCAUAAUUUACACUGACAAUAAAAACAGCUGCUCGUUGAGAGGAUGUGUAAACAAAGCGUCAUUUAAAGGGUUAACAUUCUGAAAAUGAAUAUUUGUUAGUUAUAGAUUUAUCAAAGUGAAAGUAGAAAAUAAUAAUACAGUAUUUAGUGUAUUUAUGGAGUUUACGGAGGGAUAUAUUUAUGUUUUAUUAAAAUGUGACACUGCAUUAUUGUAAUGUUGUACUUUUACUGCACUACGUGUAUUUGAUGCUGUAUUUAGUUAGAGUACCAGUUUAACUGCAGGU